AUGGCAACCGAAGCAACAUCUACACAAGGGCCGGUCAAGAUUGGCACGCGCAAGUCUGUCCUCGCAAGAGUGCAGACUGACAUCGUGUGCAAGGAGCUGCGCAAAGCAUGGCCGGAUCGCAAGUAUGAGAUCCACGCCAUGAGCACCAUGGGCGACAACAACCAGACCACUGCUCUGCACGAGUUCAAUGCAAAGGCCCUCUGGACUCAUGAGCUUGAAGCUCUGCUCGAGAAGGGCGAUCUGGACUUGAUCGUCCACAGCUUGAAGGACAUGCCCACUCAGCUCCCUCCUUCAAUGAGCAUUGGAUGUAUCUUCCCUCGCGAAGACCCUCGCGACGCCCUCGUUGUCAAGCCCACUCUUCCCUACAAAUCCCUUGCCCAGCUGCCCGAAGGUUCCGUCAUUGGCACCUCCUCCGUCCGCCGCUCCGCCCAACUCAAGCGCCUAUACCCGAAUCUGAAGUUCGCAGACGUCCGUGGUAACGUCGGUACUCGUCUCGCCAAACUCGACAACCCUGAGGGCGAAUACACUGCCCUUAUCCUGGCCGCCGCAGGUCUUACCCGCCUGGGUAUGUCUGAGCGCAUCACCAGCUACCUCGAUAGUGCAUCGGGUGGCAUCUUGCAUGCAGUGGGACAAGGAGCUUUGGGCAUUGAAGUCCGCUCCGACGACGAGGACGUCAAGAAGUUGCUCUCGGCUGUCGGUGACGAGUGGACUACCCGUGCCUGUCUUGCCGAGCGCAGUCUGAUGCGCACUCUUGAGGGUGGCUGCAGUGUACCCAUUGGUGUUGAAACCGAGUGGGUGCGUAAGAAGACCUCACUGGGCACUACUGUCGGCACGGGUGUUGGUGUCGGCGCAAAGCCCGCAGCCGAGUACGACAAAUUCAGCGGUGUUGCCGUCACUGGACGCACUACUCAGGACGAGGGCGAGCACAAGGAGAGCGGCGUCGAGUUCACCGAGAACUUGAUCAUGCGCGCCAUCGUUGUCAGUCUGGACGGCAAGAGGCACGUCGAGACCGAGAUGCAGAGACGCAUUACUAACAGAGAAGAGGCGGAUGAGUUUGGCUGGGAUGUCGCAAAGAAAUUGGUCGAGCUCGGCGCUGAGGAUAUCCUCCAUGAUAUCAACCUGAACAGAAAGAUCAUCGAGGAGCAGGGUGACGCAUAG